AUGGGCAACAAAAGCUCUUCAAAAUCCAAGACCGAUUCCGGGCAAACAAGCACCACCAAGAAGGACAAACUCCACGGACUAGGCAACGUCAUUAGGCUCCUCCCGACCGGGACCGUCUUCUUGUUCCAAUUCCUCAACCCUGUCUUGACCAACAACGGCAAGUGCCAUGCCGCCAACAAGUACCUUAGUGCCGUUCUAAUUGGACUCUGCGGCCUCUCGUGUAGUUUGGCUUGCUUCACCGACAGCUACAAGGGGAAGUUCGGGCUGACCUACUACGGGGUGGCCACGCCCAAGGGCCUCUGGCCAGGCUCAAGCUCCGUGGACCUGUCGGGGCAUAAGCUUCGGUUCGGAGACUUCGUCCACGCUUUCAUGUCGGUGCUUAUAUUCGCCGUUCUGGUGUUGUUGGACACGAACACCAUGAGGUGCUUCUAUCCGUCUUUCGAGCAUACGCAGAAUACUUUGAUCAUGGUUUUGCCACCCGUGACGGGCACGAUCUCGAGUGUGGUGUUCGCGUUGUUCCCGACCAAACGCCACGGGAUUGGGUAUCCCUCGAGUGAGAGUAAGGCUGCCUCAGAGACCAAGACUACCUCAGAGACUAGUACUACCUCGGAGAGCAAAGCCUAG